AUGUCGUCUCUGUAUCACAUUGGAACUGCGACUAAAGACGUUAUCAGGAAAUUCCGCAUUUCCACGGCAAGAUCCGACGUAAUCAAGUGUUUGCCCAUUAAGAUUGAGCCAAAACCAUCAUAUGAGAUCGUGAUCGAAAAUGAAGAACUGGAGGAACUGGAAGGCAUUACGGAUUUGAGCGAAUUGGCCGACAUCCUGCCCGAUAACAGCCCUCGAUACCUGCUUACGGCUUACCCUGUUGUCACUAAGGAGGGAAUCAAGCAGACACCGUUGGUACUGAUCUACUGGAAACCGGCGACCGUCGUAUCGCAGGAGUGGAAGAUGCUGUACGCAGGCGCCCUCGAAUUGGUCAGAAAUGAAUGUGGGACUUCCAGGCUGAUCGAGGUCUCGUCAGGAUUAGAAGAUGAUGAUGAUAUUGAAAACCUAAAGAAUCAGCUAGGCAGCCAGUCUGGUCCAUGA